CAAAUUCGAUUGAGGUUAGGUUGCGCGGGUGUCGUGUUGACAGUCCAACAAAAACAUACGUAGACAAACUGUGUUUUUGGUGUUUUUAAGGAAUUUCGCCCCUAUUUUGGCUGCUGACGCCAUGGAUUACUUCAAGAGCAUCCCCGUGCACAUGGACUUCGAGGGGCAACAUGCCGCCGAAAAGUUCUCCCGGAUCAUCAUCACCCUGUUCGGGAUCGUGGGGCUGAUUUGGGGCUACGCCAUCCAGCAGUUCUCCCAGACCGUGUACAUUCUGGCGUCGGGCUUCUUUCUCGCCAGCAUUCUAACGAUCCCCCCAUGGCCGAUGUAUCGGCGCAAGCCCCUCAACUGGCAGCCGGCCCGCGAGGGCGACGCCGCCUCCACCACCAAGAGCAAGAAAAAGAAGUGAUUUGCUUGAUUUUGUAAGGAAAAGGGGGCUCUAUUGCAAUUAAACUAAGGCAUUUAACUAAA